AGGAUUAUUUGUUAAUAAACGCGGAUUCUUCAAAUUAUAGAAAAAACUCUAUAGCAUCAUUUUUUGUAAUUCAUAAAGGGACAUUUUAAAGAUGCUCUGGGUGUUUUCCCACUGAUCUUGUGAAGCCAAAGGGAGAAGACACCUCCACAGCCUUAAGGAUUUUCACGUCGACUGCAGAGGGCUUAUUGGAGAGGCAGCAGGUCAGUGUGAACGAUGGCUGGAUGCUGUGUGUCUGGGGAGGACAAAGAGAACCAGAGGAUCAACGAGGAGAUCGAGAAGCAGCUACGCAGAGACAAGAAGGACUCUCGGAGGGAGCUGAAGCUGCUGCUGUUAGGCACUGGAGAGAGUGGGAAGAGUACCUUUAUCAAACAGAUGAGGAUUAUCCAUGGAGGAGGAUACACAGAGGAGGACAAGAGGAGCUAUGCCAAACUGGUCUUCCAGAACAUCCUCACCUCCAUGCAGACCAUGACCCGAGCCAUGGAGGCGCUUGGGAUCAAUUUAGCUGAUCCCAAGAAUCAGAGCCAUGCCAACCUAGUCCUUGAGGUGGAGGUGGACAAGCUGGAGGAGUUUUGUCAAGACCUUGCAGCGGCCGUCAGAUGUCUGUGGGACGAUGGCGGGAUACAGGAAUGCUAUGACCGACGCAGGGAGUACCAGCUGUCCGACUCCACCAAAUACUAUCUCACGGACCUGGAUCGGAUUUCUCAACCCUCUUAUCUGCCUGACCUGCAGGAUAUCCUCAGAGUCCGAGUGCCAACCACGGGUAUCAUUGAAUACCCCUUUGACAUGGAGAAUGUCAUCUUCAGGAUGGUGGAUGUGGGAGGUCAGAGGUCAGAGAGGAGGAAGUGGAUCCACUGCUUUGAGAACGUCACCUCCAUCAUCUUCCUGGUGGCGCUCAGCGAGUACGACCAGGUCCUGGCUGAGUGCGACAACGAGAACCGUAUGGAGGAGAGCAAGGCCCUGUUCAAAACCAUCAUAACUUACCCCUGGUUCCAGCGCUCCUCAGUCAUACUUUUCCUCAACAAGACGGACAUCAUCAAGGAGAAAAUCUUGCACUCUCACAUAGGCGACUACUUCCCGGAAUUCACAGGACCUAAGCAGGAUCAAUCAGCAGCUCAAGAUUUCAUCCUGAAAAUGUACCAAGAACAAAACCCGGACAAGGACAAGGCGCUGUACCCUCACUUCACCUGCGCCACGGACACAGAGAACAUCCGCUUCGUCUUCGUCGCCGUCAAAGACACCAUCCUCAGACACAACCUGAAGGAGUUCAAUCUGGUGUAGAGCGGCAGGACAACACACAUGAUAGAAGAAGAUAAUUACAUUAAAACAAAAAAUUCAGUCAAUUGUCUUGGCUUUCUUAACAGUUAGAUACACUGAUCGAUGUAUGCUUCUUUAAUCCAAAGGUUUAAAAAUAAUCUUUUGUGCCUGUUCAAAUCCAGCCUAAGAGAAUAUGAACAUUUAACAGACAUACCUAACCUAAUGUCUCGGUAGCUUAGUGUCUGAAAUGCAUUGUUUGUUUUCUUGUGUAGGCCUACUGUAGUUUCAAUUGGAGCCUGUUAUAGAAAUGUGUUGUACUAAGUUUAUAUAUGAAAAUGAGUGUGAAUUCAUAUCUUUGACCUAUUGUGUGGGCUACUUAUUUUAUUAGUUUUUAUAUAUUUUCAGAAAAGGGAUCCAAGUAAAUAAUUUAUGCUCACGCAAUCGCUGUGAGUCCCUUUAGUCCUAAAGUCUUUGAUUUAAUAUGAUGUGGAAUUAUUUUUUGUCUAACACUGAGCCACAUGUGUCGGCUGUUGCUCAAAAGUGCCUUAUUUACUCAGGACAGUCACACAAACAAUGAGUUUGUUUAGAUGUAAAUAAUCCAAGUUGUGCUUUGGAGGACUCUACUCACAUGUUAUUUUUCAAGAGAAAUGGAUAUAUUUAUGGACAUUUCCAAUAAACAAUUAAAGAUAUUAAUAAAGAGUGCAAGUGGAAAUUUCCUUGGUACAAGAGAUACAUUCGAAACACAUAUUUUAUUUUUUUUGAACGUAUGGGGGAAAAAUGGAACCGCUGCAGCGAACACUUGAUGCUCAAAAUAACACACAUUAAUGGCAAAAGAAAUAUUAAGUCUGUUAAUAUUUAGUCGAACUAAAUUGCGAUACAACCCAAAGCAAUCCUUUAAAAUAUACAACAGAGUAAACAUCAGCUGUUAAUAAUUAGCAUUCAUUUCUUUUAAAUAUACUUUUCUCUGCAUAAUUCAUCAACAUAGUUGGCAUUGCAUAUGUGUGGUAUAAAAACAUAAAAAUCACAAAAGUACAAUCUGUAACGCCAUAAUACAGACUAGUGUGUGAGGAUGAGUAUAUACAGAUACCAUAUGAGAUUAAUAUACAGCAGAUUGAUACACAAGAAUAUAAAAAUAGCAUGCGGCUCUCAAUCAUACACUGAGCAGUCUUCAUCUUGUAUAAAAAACGAGGAAAAUGGAGAGUCAAAUAAAACAGUAGUUUGAGCACAAUUUGAAUUAUAUGAGUUACAGAGCCAAUCUCAAAUAUAUAUUAGUUUCCCUUAUACAAUCCAGUAAAAAAAAAAAAAA